AUGAAUCGAUUCCAGCUAAAUCGUGCAGCUGCUCUCUACGAGGGAACGCGGCGAACACUUGUAAUCGAGCAGCGUCGUCAAGCCCUGCAGGAGGAGCUGGACAAGGACGAGGACCAGGACCAGGUGGACAAUGAAGUGGGCAGCAAGCGUCGCAUGGCUCUGCUGGAUGUGCUGCUGCAGGCGAAGGUGGAUGGGCGACCGUUGAGCAACGACGAGAUCCGCGAGGAGGUGGACACGUUCAUGUUCGAGGGUCAUGAUACGACAACCAGUGCGAUUUCGUUCUGCCUGUGGUGUAUCUCGAGGCAUCCAGAUGUCCAGGAUAAAAUGCAGGCAGAGAUUUUACAGGUGCUUGGCACCGAUCGCAGCCGAACAAUCACCACACGCGAUCUCAGCGAACUGAAGUAUACGGAGUGUGUCAUGAAGGAGUCACUGCGUCAGUUUCCGCCAGUGCCCCUGCUGGGACGCAAAUUGCAUUCGGACUUUAAGUACACCCACUCCAAGGUGGGUGAUGGUAUCAUUCCCGCCGGCGCAGAGAUCCUUGUCGCUAUCAUUGGCAUGCAGAAUGAUGCCAUGUACUUCCCAGAGCCAGAACCGUUCAAGCCCGAGCGGCACGCGAAUGGCGAACGUUCCUCAAACUUUGCCUAUGUGCCUUUUAUUGCCGGACCCCGGAACUGUAUUGGCCAAUUUAUCAAGAUUCCUUUUGGCCUCUGAAAAGAAACCUGCAAG